AUGCCCCUUUUCAGCUCAGUAAAUUGUCCUCCCAGUGUACAACCAGGUGCCUUUCAAUAUGCUGCACAAUUGGGUGGUGAGUCACCUUUGUUGGAUCAGAUGACGCUAUGUGAACUGAAACUGAAAACUUGGUACAACUUCAACCUACAACUCAUGGAUUCCCUUUCGAAUACAUCGUUCUUGCUUGUGCUUAUACACCACCAUCACAAGCUGCUUGAGGUUCUUGAGGAACUGUUCAAUACAAGGCGACUUGUAAACUUCACGGUUGGAUCGGUCUCUAGCAGUUGUUUCAGAAACUCAGUGCUUUCUAGCUUGAAAUCAUUGGUGUCUGAAACCUUGGUAUCGAUAAGCAGCACUUACAGCGAUAUUUUCGAGCACGCACAUUUUCUCAACAUUGAAAAUUUCAAAUGCAUUUAUUCCAAAAUUAACAAGGAAACAUUUCAAACAUCAACCAACAACGAGGACCAGUUGGUGCACAUCAAUUUUGAGAUAUUAGCCAGAUCCAAAAGCUUUCUUCUCUUCAAAAAACUAAACGGAAUUUUUGAUUUGGAUAUCCUUCGAAAUGAAGAGCUGGUUCUGUUGAAAAGUAGAAUUGAUAAAUCGAAACCGAAAAACCAAUACUUGUUGGAAACCGAAGAAGACGCUAGACUGCUGAAGUCACGAAAUUUUCGAGACUUCCAUUACCGUCGCUUGACAGAACUCCGACUUUUAAACAAGAGAAUUUUCUCUUGA